UUCAAAACAAUUUUAAAUUUUUUUUCCUUAUCAAAAAAUUUGAAAAAAUAUCGCUCAAAUUGAAUAAAUUGAGCAAUUUUUAAUUUUUAAAUGCUAUAUUACUCGAGUCUAAUACAAUUCAAAUUGAAAUCGAUCUAUGAACGUUCGUUUACUACCCUUGUGUGAUUCUCAUCGUUGUAAUGGAAGUUGAUACUGACAUCGCCGAAAAUCAAAAUACCGAUGGGACUGAUAAAAAUGCCGUAUCGCCGGAAAAUGUUACUGAAAAAGAAGAAUCAACGGAUAUGCCAUGUGAAACUGCUCCUGAAAAAGAAGAAUCAAUUGAAAUGUCCUGUACUGGUGAUUCCAAUACUCCUCUUCAAGUGAAUAAUUCGACUGAUUCAAAAGUUAGCAAUUCCGCCGACGAAAUUCGAAACCAAAUGUUGGAUUAUUUAGCCAAUAAAACGAACGUUCAUUUCAAAAGUCAACAAAUAGGAGAACCAGAUUUAAGUUUUUCAGAAAAAAGAUCGAUUGCUGAGAACGUUCUGAAUCAGAGCCAUUCUACGUUUUUGUCUCGUUUCGGUGAUAAUCUAUUAAUGGAACAUCUAUCUUGUUUCAAUGAUCCGGGAGAUGAAUCUUACGAAGUGCAGUAUUAUCUGAAUAAAUUGAAAAGUUGCAAGUGUAAACCACUAUCUGAAGUACAAAUCAAGAACAGAAGAUUCGAAGCCAUGAAACGAUUAAUGUCCGAAGGAGAAUACUUCAGCGUUGGAGAAAUGAGAAAACGAAAUCCUCUUCUGUUUGAUCAACUUCUCGGUGGCUUUUUAACUGAUCCGGAGUCCAAAACUGAUCCAAGUCAAGAGCACGCAUUUGCUCAUAUUUUACUCGAUCAAAUCGAACAAGAUCAGGUAGCUGCGCUAAAAAAGAAACAACUCGAAGCAGAAUUAGAGCAAAGUAAAGAAUGUCCAGAUUCUAGUGAUGACGAAGAAUGUACAAAAAUGGAAUCCGAAUCGUCUACUUCGAAAGAAUUCAAAGAUAAUUUAAUCCUAUGGGGUAAAUCGUACAAAAAUAAUCAUACUAUUGGGAAAACACGCUGGAAAAGUAAACAUUCAUCGUCAACGAAGCCGAAGAAUUUCCAAAAUAAAUGUAAACUUUCUCACGAAGAAAAGGUCCUACUCAUUAAUGAAUUCACAUCUUCCAUGUUUCAUAGCUUUUUGCAUGGGAAAGAUGAAUUCGACUACAACGAGGUUGAUAAUAAUCCGGAGUACGAUGAUGAGAAACAAUGUGAUGUUGACGAAGAAGAAAAAUACUUCGAUUCCGAAAGUCCCGAAGAGAGGAGUCAAAAAUAUAGCCAGGAGGUUGAAGACGAUGAAUUAGAUGAUUAUAUGAAAAAUAUCGAAGGUGAAGUUUCAUCGGAUAAUUUAGCUAGCAGUUUUCAACGUAUGAAUGCUGAUAAUGAUAAUUUACCGAAGGAAUGAAGAUAUUUCCACGUUGUGAUAUUUAUGAUUUUUGUUUUUUAUUGUGUCAAUGAUCUAUGUCGAAGUAUUUCAAUUUCUUGUGAAAUGCAGCUUCGUUUUUGAAAGUUUUAGUUCGAGAUCAUUUCGUCGAUCGAGUCGAAGUGGUUGUUUAAUUUUUCAAAAAAUUUUACAAGGUAAACUUUAGCCUUUGAACUGAUAUUUUAAUAAUGUUCUCGAAAAUUAAAACGUUUUUACGUUGUUAA